AUGUCGAAUGUCAGCGACGCGAGCCUAUUCUACUCGCUGUCGCAUGCGGCGGCCGGGUCGUCAUCGUCGCGGACGCAUCGGGCAGCCAACCGCAAGCUGCGGGCAGAGUUCAGCCUGGGCGGCAGCAGCAACAGCCACGGCGGCGGCGACGGCUCGGAUCUGCUGCGGUUCAACCAGCUUGAGUCGCGGACGAAGAAGCUGCGGUUCUCCAAGAGUGCAAUUCACGACUGGGGGUUGUUUGCAAGCGAGCCGAUAUACCAGGGCGAGUUUGUGAUCGAGUACAUUGGCGAGCGGUUCCGCGGGGCAUUGGAGGAUAUCCGCGAGGCACAGUAUGAGUACGAGGGCAUUGGCAGCAGCUACCUGUUCCGGAUCGACAGCGAGACGGUGCUGGAUGCGACCAAGUGCGGCAACGUUGCCCGGUUCAUCAACCACAGCUGCGACCCCAACUGCUUUGCCAAGACCAUCGUGGCAGAUGGCACCAAGCGCAUCGUCAUUUAUGCAAGCCAAGACAUUAACGUUGGAGAAGAAGUAACGUACGACUACAAGUUCCCGCCAGAGGACAUCAAGAUCCCGUGCCUGUGUGGAUCGGUCAACUGCCGUGGCUACCUGAACUAG